AAGAAAUAUUUAGUAGAUGAAGAGAUAGCCCUAGAAAAAACUAGGUGAGCUGAAUCAAUUAUUUUAUGACGCAAACGAAGUUUUCUCUCUGUGUGUGAUUAUUUUUAGUGUCAUUUUUGUAGAGAUGGAAAACAUCACCUUAGUCUGGCCCGCAUACAAAAGAACCUUGGUCCCUAAAUUGCAGGCGCUAGGUCAACCAGUGUUCUCAGAAGAUACUGCAGAGUUCACCCUAGGAGCAGAAGCAAGGAAUGAGGGAAGGGGCAGAUUUCAGAAUUGCGUAGUUGCUAGGGGGAGGGGAGUGAGGAUGACAGCGAGGCUCUACAAUUUUGAGCACAACCAGCUCAGUGCCUGCGUUUGUUUUUCGUUUUUUCUGGUCUUCCGAACAUUUAGUACUUUUUCUAUUGGAUAAAACGUUACAAGAGAGAGAAAGCUUCUACCCCUCGCAGCCAAUCGCCUGGCAGGUUUCUUAUCGUUGGGGGGAGUGGCCAACUCUAUGAUUGGCGGAUGCGAGGGGAGCCAAUCGGAGAGUGAUGACGUGUAGUGUUGGCAAGCAGAUUGCUUGAGAGCAGGUAGGGAUCCAAGGAGCGCGAGUCAGGCCGCCGCGGCCAGCAGCCAAUGAUGAAGCAGAGCAAGGCUCUUGCCUUGAAGAGUGGGCGGGGCUUUGGCAAUUGGCGCGGAGGGAGUAGGGUAGGCGCUGUGGUAGGGGACGAGUGAGGCAGUGAGCUGAGCUAGUCCUGUGAGGUUAGACAGCUGCACUUCAGGUGUGACUGGUAGCAGCUGCUGGACUGAAAGAGAAAGAGCAAGUGCAAUCGCCUGAGCUUUGUGAGCGCAGUCAGCAUGUAUCGCCCAGAUGAGGGUCCUCCUGCCAAGACCCGCCGCCUGAGCAGUUCGGAGCUCCCUCAGCGCGGCCAGCCGCCGCUGCUGCCGCUGCCGCUGCCGCCGCCACUACCGACACCACCACCACCACCACCACCGCUCCUUCGAUUGCCCCUGCCUCCACCCCAGCAGCGACCAAGGCUCCGAGAGGAAACCGAGGCAGCACAGGUGCUGGCUGACAUGAGGGGGGUGGGACUGGGCCCGGCGCUGCCCCCACCUCCGCCCUAUGUCAUUCUUGAGGAAGGGGGGAUCCGCGCAUACUUUACCCUGGGUGCUGGGGGGCCUGGCUGGGAUCCUGCGAUGGAGUCAGGGUACGGGGAGGUACCCCAUUCCACAGGGAGCCUGGAAACAUUCCCCUUGUCUGAGGCCUCUGGGGGAAGCCUGGAAAUUGACGUUGAGGUUGCAGAGGCCAGCAGCUCUGCUGAAGAAAAGGCCCUAGAAACCUGUAGCUCAGGGAUGUGGGAGCCCCAGAUGUUAGUCGGUCCAAAGAGGAAUGAACAGGCUAUCAUAAUAGUGGAAGAUGAGGAUGAGGAUGAAAAGGAAAGUGUGAGGAGGAGGAGGAGACGGAGAAAGAGGAAGCAGAGGAAAGUGAAGAAGGAAAGCAAAGACAGGAGUACUGAAAGGAUGGAAAGCAUCCUGCAGGCACUGGAGAGCAUUCAGAUGAACCUGGAAGCUGUAAACAUAAAGGCAGGCAAGGCCUUCCUGCGUCUGAAACGCAAGUUCAUCCAGAUGCGAAGACCUUUCCUGGAGCGCAGAGACCUCAUCAUCCAGCAUAUCCCAGGCUUCUGGGUCAAAGCAUUUCUCAACCACCCCAGAAUUUCAAUCUUGAUCAAUCAACGCGAUGAAGACAUUUUUCGCUACUUGACCAAUCUUCAGGUACAGGAUCUCAGACAUAUCUCCAUGGGCUACAAAAUGAAGCUAUACUUCCAGACAAACCCCUACUUUACAAACAUGGUGAUUGUCAAGGAGUUCCAACGCAACCGCUCAGGCCGGCUAGUGUCUCACUCCACUCCAAUCCGCUGGCACCGGGGCCAGGAACCCCAGGCCCACAAUCACAGAAACCAGGACACCAACCACAGCUUCUUUAGCUGGUUCUCAAACCACAGCCUCCCAGAGGCUGACAGGAUUGCUGAGAUUAUCAAGAAUGACUUGUGGGUUAACCCUCUACGCUACUACAUGAGAGAAGGGGGCAUCAGGGAAACAAGGAAGAAGCAAGAAGAAAAAGAAAGUAAAGCCAAGGAUGCAUAUGAGAUGGUGAUCAUGGAAGAUAUUUAUGACCAUUAUGCCAUGGAAGACAUUCUCAGUGAGAUCUCAGAUGCUGAUGAGACUACUGACAAUGAGAUCAUUCAUGACAUCAAGAUCUUUGACUUCAUGGAGACUACUGACUACUUCGAGACCACUGACAAUGACGUCAAUGAGAGCCUGGGUGAGAGCCUGGGUGACAGUGAGAGCCCUGACCACAAUCAGAGCCCCAGCAUUGAGAUCACUGACAACAAUGAGAGUGCUGAUGACAACGAGAACCCUGAUGACAACAGUGAGAACCUAGAAGACAGUAAUAAGAAUACCUAUGACAAUGAGUAUCCCAACAAUGAGAAUCCUAAUGGUGACAACAAUAGCCUGGAAAAUGGCAACCUGGGCAGCAGUGGUAAUAACGAAAACAGCAGUGACAGUGACAGUGGGGAUGAGGGCAGUGAUGAUGAAGAUAAUGAUGGCAGUGAUGGUGACAAUGAGAGCAGUGAUGAUGAUGGCAAUGAGGGGGACAAUGAGGGAAGUGAUGAUGAUGAUAGAGACAUUGAAUACUACAAGAAUGACAUUGUAGUGUUUGACAAGGAUCAAGAUAACAGCACCAUCCAGGAAAACUAUGAGGAUGAGGUAGAGAUCAUCUCUGAAGAAUCCACAGAGGAAGCGGAAGAGGGCAGUGAGGAAGGUGAGGACAGCUACCAGGAGGAAGGAAGCAAAGUAGACUCAGAAGACACUGACAUGGAGCAGGUGCUUCAGGUUCCAAAUGCUUGGUCUAACCUGGGGAAGAGGGCGAAAACCAGAUAAACAGCUUACUCUCUCGGGGCAUCUCUCUGUUUCGCUCUUUCCCAGUGCCCCGUUUGCUCUCCCCCUCAGUUAGGGCUCCCAUGUUGCAUUUCUGACCUCAUACAUGGGUUUAAAGUUUAUUUUUAUGUAAUCUCAGUAAUUUCAGAGUUCUUAUUUGUGGGGGUAGCGAUCCCCGCUUUUUUGGUCCUCCUCCCUCACGGGCUUCUGUGUGCUGCUACUUAUUGUGAUGCCUUGGUCAGGGCUCCUCUAGCCCUCUUCUCUUUGGUGUCGGCCCCAGCCCUUUUUCCCAUGCUAUGGAGUAGACACCCUGAUUCCAAAGUAGGGAGGGCUGCUAUGGCCUUCAUCGAAGCGUCACAGUGGCCUUGAAGGCUCUGCCUCCAUCUUGUUCGCCCAAUUUUUUCUCUUCUUCCAUCCAUCUCUUUUACCCACUGUGCCUGCUAACUUGCCAGGCCUUGGUAUCUAUGCAAGGCCACUUAGCCUUUGCUGGAUUCCUGCCCUUCCUCCCACCGCUGCAGCAGAAGUUACGCUUCUCCCUGUGAAUAUUGAUGAUCCUAAUAAAAACCUGAGCAAAUUCAAA